CCCCGCCGCCGAGCCCCGCGGCUCGCACAGGAGAGUUGUACUGUUCUUUGCCCAACCCUAGGAAUGUCCAUUUUGAAUCUAUAAAUAUGAAGAAUGUCCUUCACUGGUCAGCACCAGAAGGCACAGGUGAUGGAGUAUUCUACAAGGUGAAGUAUGCAGUGUAUGGUGUUGGCAAAUGGAUUAGAAAGCCAGAAUGCAGGAACAUAAACAGAACAUGGUGUGACCUCUCCAGUGAGACCUCUGACUACGAAGAACAGUACUAUGCAAGUGUCAAGGCAUUCCUCAAUGGGACGUGCUCUGACUGGAUGGAGACCACACGAUUCAACCCUCUAACAGACACUAAAAUAGAUCCACCCAUGGUAAGUGUAUCUUCUACUGACAGAUCUAUUUCAAUCAUUCUGACUGCUCCUGAGAAGUGGAAGAGUAGUCCUGAGGAAGAAUCCAUAUCUCUGCUCCAAGUGUAUCCUGGCCUACAGUACAACGUGUCUGUGCUCAACAAAAAAACAAAGAAGCGGUGGUUCUUCUCCAUCAGCAACAACACCUUGGUCGUGCCCUGGUUAGAGCCUGGAACAGCUUAUUGUGUCAGUGCACAGAUACAUGUCACCACACCAAUUUUGGACAGUGGCUUUUCCAAAGAACAUUGUAUUACCACAUUGAAAGAUAAAAGAGAAGAUGAGGCUAUAACAAUCACAUUUGGAUGUAUUAUGCCUACCACACUGGCUCUCCUUUUUAUUUCUGUGGCAUGCUAUUGUGUGCACAAGUAUAUUCACAUCCACAAACAAAAACAUCCAACAAACCUGGUAUGGCAGUGCACUGACAAAUGCAAGGGACGAGUUUUCAUACCAAGUGAAAAAAUAGUGCUCAACCUUAUCACUGUCACUGGGGAUGACUGUAAGGAAUGCAGUUGUCUAUCAGAAAGGAAAAGUCCCCAUUGCAACACUGUUUACCAUUACACUGAAGGGGAGGAUUUGCCUUCUAAACAGGUGCUGAAAGCAAAAUAUUUGGUUGAUUUUUCACGUGAAGAGAUUUCACUCACAGAAGAUGCUUUAGUGGAAGGGGACCAAACUGGAAACUGGGCAUGUCCUGGCCGUUCUGGAACACAGAAUACCUGCAGGGAUAAAAAUGCAGGGGUUGUGGAGUAUGAACAUGAUAUAAGGGCUGAAGACUUCAGUCCUGGUCAGAAAUUAGAAGAGAAGGUUUGUGCCCGCAGGGGGCUACAGGGUGAGCCACAGAUUGCUUUGGGGGACUUGGUUGAUAUGGAAACAGGACAGCCAUAUUCCCCCCAACCAGAGAUAAGGGUAGCAGACCUUUGUUUGGGACAGAAAACAGAGGAACUUGAUUUGAAGGUGGUUGAUGCAGCAGAUGAAUUGCCAAGUGAGACCCAUAAGGACUUCAUGGACCUGGAUAUUGAAAAGUCUGGGCAGACAUCCUAUCAUCAGCUGGAAAAACUCACACAGGACCUCACAGAGGAAGGUGUGCAGACCAUUCUAGUUGAUUGGGAUCCUCACAGUGGAAGGCUGUACAUUCCAACUUUGUCCAGUGUUGAAAAUCAGGUGUGUGAAGGAGUAUUCAAGUGUGAUGAUCCCAACAAAGAAGGAAUUUUGCUCAGACUCUAUGAGAAAGAAGUGUCUGGUGAAUCAUCUGAGGACCAAGAAAUGUAUCUCCUACAGUUCAAGGAACAAUGGGGACUUCAUGUAGAAAUGGGAGACUGAAAAGUAGUUUUCUGAAAUAUUAAAAAAUGCAAAAUCUUGUUUAUUUUGCCAAAGAGAGUGAUAGACUCAGGGGGAACAGACUCGUCUUAAUGCUUUGAAGUUUUGAAGUUUUUGGAACCACUACAAUUGAACAAUUUAUACAUUAUAUGUUAUUUGUAACAGUUUCCAUAAAUGACUUUUACAUCAAUCAUAAAUCUCUUGUGUAAAAUAUGA